AUUUUGUUGUUAGAGCCUGGUGGGUCUUACAGAAAGUGGAAAUUCCUGAAUUCCUGUUACGCAAUUCAAGCAGACAAGCAGGAGAGAGAUGUAUAAAAAGGGAUCGGUGCCUGAGCUAUGAACAGAGCUUCCAAGACAGCUGAAUACAGCAUAACCAGAGAGGAAAAUAGCAAAUUCCAGUCUAGUACUACCAUGGAAACCAAGAAAACUGUUCUGGCAAUCCUGGCUCUCUGCCUAUUGUGUGCUGCAGUAACAGAAAGCAUCCCUGUGUCAAGGACCGGAGAACUCAGGUGUCAGUGUAUAACAACAGAAAGGAAGCCCAUCCAUCCCAAGCACAUAAAGAAUAUUGAAAUGAUCCCUAAAGGACCCCACUGCAAAAAUGUGGAAGUCAUUGCAACUUUGACAAGUGGGGAUGAUAUUUGCUUGGAGCCAACAGCCCCAUGGGUCAAGAGGAUCAUUGACAAAAUUCUAGCUAGCUCUAAGGCUCCUUUACCUGUUGCUGCUCUUUAAUUGGUGAAAUGUAUAAAUUCCAUCUACAGUGUUGUGUCAACAGUGAGUGGAAGAUGCUUGUGGUUUCUCAUAUUUGAGGACAAUUUAUUAAUCAGAUUACAACCUUCUCAAGCAAUCAAAGCUGCUGGGAGAGAACUCCGAUUAGUACUAUGUGGUUUGCAGAAGAGUCUGGCUAAAUGAUAUAUUUAUGUUUCCAGUUAAUAUGAAUAUUUGUGUAGGAAAUCAGAUACAAGAUUGAGUAUUGGUUACAUGAGUUUUAAGAAGUUCCACAACCUAAAGUAACAAUGCUGAAAAGUAGGAAACAUCUAAAUAUUUUUUGAGCCUGUUUUGAAGUUCAGAGAUGUGCUUUCAUGAAAAGCUUGUUCUAAUGAAUACCAUAAUCACAGAAUUGUGGGUUUUGCUGUUUAUUAACAAUUCAGGGUACAUGAGGCAAUAGUGUGACAAUUAACUAUAAAUUAAUGUUAAAUCUAUGAAAUAGCUUUAGUUUCCUGGAAGAAACUUGAAAUUGUAUUUAUACUGUUAUACUGUGUCUGAGCAAUAUGUAUUAUUGUCUGGAAUAUUUUAAGUUGUGAGAUUUAUUUAUUUACAGUAUUUAUUUCUAAAAUAUGUACAUUGAUAUUUGAUUAUUUAUAUUUUAAUUUUUGUGAAGUCAUUUCAA